AUGGAUGUUUCCAGUACCGUGUUAUCUGUCCCUGCGGCCCUUGCUGGCCUUGCCUACCUCAAUGCACGAUGGAGAAUAUCGCCCGAUCUUCACUUGAUUAAGAGCUUGACGGCCUCUCAGAUAGCCUUCAACGAACGAGUGAAAGCCGAUCGCACGAACUCGUUCUACCUUCUCGAAGGCCACGCCAACAACCCGGAAGUCGCUGACAAGCUGUUCCUCAUUUACCAAGGAAAGAAAUAUACGUUCAAGGACACCUAUACGACGGUUCUAAGAUACGCGGGAUGGCUACACUCGGUCCACAAAGUCCUUCCAGGCGAGAUCAUUGCCAUCGAUUUCAUGAACAGCCCUCAGUUUGUCUUCCUGAAUCUGGCGAUUUGGUCUCUGGGCGCUCUUCCGGCCUUUAUCAAUUACAACUUGACCUCGGGUCCUUUUAUCCACAGUGUUAAAACAUCCACGGCCAGACUUAUCAUUGUCGAUCCUGAAAUCGAGUCCAGGGUGCUCACGUCCGAGGCAAAACAGGCUUUCGCUGCGCCGGACUUCCGCAACAAUGCUUUGCCCAUCGAUGUGGUCGUUCUGACGACAGGCUUGCAAUCUUCUCUCGAAUACUUUCCUCCUUAUCGGGCUCCAGACUCGGCUCGCGCAGGAGCAAUUGGACGAUCGCCGUGCGUCUUGAUUUUCACUUCAGGCACCACGGGUCUCCCGAAGGCCGCAAUCGUCCCCUGGGACAGGACGGCUUGGGGCUCAGGCUUCAUCGCGAGAUGGAUCGGCCUCCGUCCGGUCGACAAAUCAGACCCUGAUCGAUACUACACGGCUAUGCCUCUGUACCACUCGUCGGCUUUCCAACUGGGGUUUCACCUCUGCCUGGUCUCUGGUUCUACACUAGUACUCGGCCACAAGUUUUCGGCGACCAACUUUUGGGACGAGGUCGCUGCAGCCGGAGCGACCAAGAUCCAAUACGUUGGAGAAACCUUGCGCUAUCUGCUUGCCGUCCCGCCUCGUCCAGACGAUCGGACGAAACACAAGGUGAAGCUAGCUUUCGGAAAUGGCUGUAGGCCGGACGUAUGGGACAAAUUCCGCGAUCGAUUUGGAGUCCCAACGAUUGCCGAAUUCUACGGAGCCACAGAAGGCGUGUCAGCGAGCUUUAAUUUGUCUCGCAACACCUUCUCGUCAGGAGCUAUCGGUCAAUCCGGCAUUCUUAUGCAGGCUAUGCAGAGCUUCAUGCAGUCUAUCGUCGAAGUCGACUGGGAAACGGAAACUCCGCGACGUGAUGCCAAGACCGGGUUCUGCAUCAAAGUUCCCCGUGGCGAGACAGGCGAAUUGCUCUACAAGAUUGCGGAUCCGAAGGACGUUGGCGCCAAGUUCCAAGGGUACUUUGGCAACAAGAAGGCCAGCGACUCGAAGAUCUUGCGGGACGUGCACAAGAAAGGCGACGCAUAUUUCCGCACCGGCGAUGUCGUCAGGUUCGACAAGGAUGGCCUUCUGUGGUUUUCCGACCGCAUAGGAGACACAUUCCGCUGGCGAAGUGAGAAUGUGUCCACGGCAGAAGUGUCUGAAGUCCUAGGUCAACACCCUCACAUUCUCGAGGCGAAUGUCUAUGGAGUGGCGAUUCCCAAUCACGAAGGACGAGCCGGGUGUGCGGCCAUUCUACUCAAGGACGUCACCACAGACGAUAGUCCCGUCGGCGACGCCGUGCUGGAGAGUCUAGCUACGCACGCCCGCCGAAGUCUGCCCAAGUACGCCGUGCCUGUGUUCCUGCGGGUUGUUGCGAGUGUCAUGGCGACAGGAAACAACAAACAGCAGAAACACGUGCUCAGGCUGGAGGGCGUGGACCCGGAUAAAGUUGGAGGUGAGAGGGUGUUUUACCUCCGACCUGACAGUGAUCGCUACGAGCCAUUCUCGCAGAAGGAGUGGGAAGUGUUGAAGGCCGGAAAGGUGAAGUUGUGA